UGUAACUACAACCAUUAUGCCAUUUUAGACCAAGAAAAGUUACCAAUAAAGCUCACCCAUCUCCUUCCGAUCUCUCCGAUGGCGGGCCUUGGCGCGCCCCUCAGGCCAUCGCCGGCGGCCUCAGGCUCCUUAGCCUCUCGCCUCCUCCUCAUCCUAACGGUGUUGCCGCUCUCUCUGGCGGUCUUCGCGUUCGUGCUCCAAUGGCGCGGUGGGCUUGACGACCCCGCCGCUCGGUGGCCGGCCGACACCCAGAAGUUCCCCGGAAUGGAGAAUAGCCCUCUUGGAUCCUCCCAGACGUUUUUCUCGUCGUCGGGUUCUCAUUCCCAGGCCGCCGGGUCAUCGGAUUGUGUUGAGAUCUUGGGGCAUAGUUCGUCGCCAUCGUUCCCGUAUUACCGGGGUUGGAAGUUCGAUUUCAACUCAGAUCUGAAGCCCAAGAUAUGUAUCAUAUCAAGCACUUCUGCCAGUUUAGAACAGAUUCUUCCAUGGCUGUUUUACCACAAAGUCCUUGGUGUCACAACCUUCUACCUGUUUGUGGAAGGAAAGGCUGCAAAACCAAAUGUUACUGUGGUCCUUGAGUCUAUUCCAGGUGUGAAAAUCAUAUACAGAACUAAGGAGCUAGAAGAGAAACAAGCUAGAAGUCGGAUCUGGAAUGAAACUUGGUUGGCUGGAUUUUUCUACAAGCCCUGCAAUUAUGAGUUGUUUGUGAAACAGUCACUGAAUAUGGAGAUGGCUAUUGUUAUGGCACGGGAUGCUGGUAUGGAUUGGAUCAUCCAUCUCGAUACUGAUGAGCUGAUACAUCCAGCUGGUUCCCAAGAAUAUUCUUUAAAGAGAUUACUGUCAGAUGUGCCCAACAAUGUUGAUAUGGUUAUCUUUCCAAAUUAUGAAAGCAGCAUUGAGAAAGAUGAUAUAAAAGACCCCUUUAGUGAGGUUUCCAUGUUUAAGAAGAACUAUGAUCAUCUCCUAAAGGAAACAUAUUUCGGCAUGUACAAGGAAGCAACACGUGGUAAUCCUAAUUAUUUUCUCACAUAUGGCAAUGGAAAAUCAGCUGCACGGAUUCAAGAUCACCUCCGCCCAAAUGGUGCUCAUAGAUGGCACAACUAUAUGAAGACCCCGAAUGAAAUCAAACUGGAGGAGGCUGCAGUCCUGCAUUUCACAUACACAAAGUUUUCAGAUUUGACUUCUAGGCGUGAUCGAUGUGGCUGCAAACCAACAAAGGAAGAUGUGAAAAGAUGCUUUAUGUUGGAUUUCGAUAGAUCUGCAUUUAUCAUCGCGUCAACUGCAACUGAAGAAGAAAUGCUGCGCUGGUUUCGUGAACAUGUUGUAUGGACUGACAAAGAACUUAAUCUGAAGCUUAUGAGGAAGGGUAUUUUAACCAGAAUAUAUGCACCAAUGUCUAUUGUUCAAGGUCUGAGAGAGUCAGGUGUGUUUAGCUCGGCAAUAGCAUCUGCACAGAUGCGCUCUAAGGGAAGCCUUUUGCCAUCAUUGGAACCUAAAACAAAGAAUAACUCCUCUACACUAAUAUCCAAUUCAAGAGGCAGUGGAUCUCAAUCGAUAUCGGAUAGCUCUCACACAAGAACAGGAGGCAGAGAGAUCCAGACAUCUGCGAGGAAAAUCUUGGAGGUUGCGGACAACUCUUUGAAGGCUAUUCCACCGUUGUCACCUCCAGGCUUGGAUGAGCUCCACGCACUGACUUGAGAAACCAACCAGAGAUAAUGGGUAGAUAUCUUGGAUUCACAUAUUCGAGCUGGGAAUUCGAUGCAGUGUUUGUGAGGAUAUGUGGUUCAUUCUUCUUCCAUUAAUGGGUGCUUCUUCCCGAUCAGAUUAUCCAAGCGGUCCGGUUCAUACUAUAUUUUUCUUCGAUGCAUCACUGGUAGUUUUGGUAGUUGUUAGAGUGGAGAUUGGUCAUUGCUGGUUAACUCAGACAUGAUAUUUUGAGUGUAUGACAGGUGCUGGGCAGGGGAGUCCUGAGUGUGUUGAUGAUGAUGAUGUUUUAUUGUAUAGAGAAAGUAAUGACAAGGCUUGGUUCUCAGCUAGCCAUAUAUACAAACAUUGUGCAAUGACCUUUUUGAUUAA